AUCUUCGACGCCCCGCCACCGCCCACACCGCACACACGGAUAGCAUACCAUACCAAUCUUUGAGGUUUCAUCAACAAUCAAUACAAAAGCACACGGUCGAGAGGAUAUGAGGAUAGCAAGAAUCGCGAUGGCUAUGGAGGACGGCGGCGGCGCGUCGUCGUCGGUGCAGCAGAUGCAGCCGGCGGCGGCCAUGGCGUACGGCCGCGUCGAGCCGCCGCCGUUCUGGUCCACGCCGACGCCGUACCUCUUCAUCGGUUUCGCGGUUGUGAUGGCGCUCAUCGCCGUGGCGCUGGCCAUGCUCCUCUGCUCCCGCCGCAAGGAGGAGGAAGGCCGGCGCGCCGCCGAGGCGGCUGGGGUCAUGUCUGUCGUGCGCGUGUUGACGCCGCUCGACAGGGAGGAUGCCAUGCCUAAGGUGCUCGUCGUGAUGGCCGGGCACAGCGCGCCCUCGUUCCUCGCCAGCGCCGCACCGUUUGCCAGCUUCACUGAGGCUGCCGACGGGGCCGCCAAGCCCCAGCACGGCCGUGGCGGCGGCGGCAAGGAGGGCGCCGCCGCCGUGUAGGCUUCCUUACCCAGCCGCGUGCAAGAGACAUAUCGAAACCCCCUAAAAGCUGGAUCAUCGGAGAAGGGCGAAAAAAAAACUAAGGGCUUGUUCGGUUAGCUCUCAAUCCAUGUGGAUUGAGUGAGAUUGGAUGGGUUUGAAUCCCAAACAAGUCAAACUUCUUUUCAAUUUUUUCCAAUCCUAUCCAAUCCAUGUGUAUUGGGAAUAACCGAACAAGCCCUAAGCUGAAUCAUCAAA